GUAAAAAAAAGCCUACGUGUUCCGGGGAGUUUAUAACGUCUCACUAAUGUUCACUUAUAGUAAGUGUUAGGAGUCAUUCAGGUCGGGGCCUUACAUCAGGGGUUUAAUCCGGUUUUGGUGAAGAUGGAACGUGCUCGGACGUCUGUUACUAAUUUUUUUGGCAGGGUCCCUCUGUCAUACACACGUUUCAGCCUGACUCAGCAGAUGGAUGGUGAUGCCAGUCAGGUAGAAAUGAAGCUAGCCGCUGAUGAAGAGGAAUGUGGAGAGCAAACCGUUGGAGGUCAUGUUGUGAAACACAGAAAAGGGAACAAUUAUAAAAGCCUAUGCUUUAGAAUCCUUGCAAUUACACUCCUAAUUUUGAUUGGUUUUCUUGUGGGCUACUUGUGUCGCAGAGGAAGAGAGGUGCCAUCGCAACCAGAAAUCAAAACAAAUGGGGAGACAGCUUCUGAAUCUCUUACUAAUGCUCAAGAAGAUAGUGAAACUGAACCAGAAAAGCCCAGUAUACUUUACUGGGGAGACCUGCAGCCCAUGCUGUCUCAGCAGAUAGGCAAUCUGUUCUUUGAGGAUAGCAUCAGGAGAUUCUCUGGUGAUUCCCAUGAAGCUGGAUCUUUUAAUGAUGAGAACAAUGCCUUAUUUAUCCAUGAGGAGUUUAGUAAAAUGUCUUUGGAUAAAGUGUGGGAUGAUGAGCAUUAUGUCACAUUACAAAGUGCUGGAAGUUCCCCUAAUAAAGUUACUAUCGUAAAAUCUGAUGGUACAGAAGAGGUCAUAAAUCCACCUGCUUAUGUGGCCUACAGCCCUUCAAAUUAUGUUACAGGAAGUCUUGUGUACUGCCAGUAUGGCCGCAAUGAAGACUUCAAAAAUUUACAAAAGGAAAACAUUGAUGUUGCUGGCCGCAUUGUUCUAGUACGUUCAGGAAUCAUCAGCAUUUCUGAAAAGGUUGCGAAUGCUGAGCGCUCUAAAGCUAUUGGAGUGCUGAUAUACCCUGAUCCGUUGGACUUCUCGUUCCCUUCAGAGCAAGAAACUAUACUUUCAGCCUUUGGGCAUGCUCAUUUUGGAACUGGUGAUCCAUACACACCUGGCUUUCCAUCUUUUAACAACACACAGUUUCCUCCCAGCAAAUCCUCUGGAUUACCACAAAUCCCAGUUCAAACUAUAUCUAGUGAGACUGGCAAGAAACUGCUUGAGAGAGAUGUAAAAACCAUAAAAUUGGAGGUGACCAAUGUUAUGCAUCAGAAGAAGCUUUUGAAUAUUUUUGGUGUUAUCAAGGGAUUUGAUGAACCAGAUCGCUAUGUUGUAGUUGGUGCACAGAGGGAUGCUUGGGGACCUGGUGCAGUCAAAUCUGCUGUAGGAACAUCCAUACUUCUUGAACUUGCUCGUGCAUUAUCAAGAAUGGUUGCAUCCGGUAACUGUCAUUCUCUAAAGCUCAAGAGUUCUGUCUUCUGUUUGUCUAAAUUGUAAUACAGCUUGUUUUUCCAUAGAUCCUGUCACCUCCACAGUGAACAUCCUUUAUAAAUAGAUAUUAGAUUAAAAAAAAAAUUAAAGGUCAG